GGACGGCUGCCACUCAAGCGAGGCAAGCGACGAUCCUCCGCUCCACACGCAUCCCGUGCUAGCCGCUGCUCCUUCUCCCUGCUCCUGCUCAAUCUCGUCUGUGCCUCUCGCGUCGCUCACCGCGGAAGUGCACGCACAGCAUGGCACCCUCCUCAUCUGCCUCCUCCUCGCGGGCUCCCGGCGGCGUCGCCUCCACUCUCUCGACCUCGCAGCGCGAUGCCGUCUCGCGCUCGCUGCUCGGCCCUGCCGCCGGCGCGCCCGACGGCAUGACGUCGGGCGUCGGCGACGCGCCCAUCGACAGCAAGGACCUCAACGUCGUCGAGCAGUACAAGGCGCACUUCCGCGAAGACCCACUCAUGUGGAUUCGCCAGGUGUACCGCUACGGCAGCGGCGACGGCUGGCGCGGCUACACGGACUACAUUGGCGCGCCGAUCUUAUACCCAACGCAGUCGCGCGAUGUGAUCCAGUCCGUCGUGACUUCUCAACAAGUGCAAGAGCGCAUCUCCACGCUUGCGAAGCACCGCGUCGAGGCUCUCUACGCUACAGUCCCGCCAGCACCUACAGCUGAAGGGCGAGCGGAACUUGAGGCGCUCAAGGCGCGCAAGCGACGAGAGAUGGAGCGCACGCUCACAGAUGUUGCUCGCGGCCUGGCGGAGAAGUCGGUCGCGCAGCUCGACAGCCCGCGCUUCCUGCGUGGCUUUGCGUGGAGCGUGGAGAACGUGCUGGCGCGUUUGUACCACCAAGGCAUCCACAUCUCCGUCGAGCAAGUUCUCGAGCUACGCCGCGUCGCAUCGCACUGUGCCGAGCGCAAGAUCUCGCUGCUCUUUGCGCCCUCGCACUCUUCGCACAUCGACUACCUCACGCUAUCGUGGCUGAUGUUCCGCCUCGGGAUUGCGGUGCCUCACAUCGUCGCGGGCGACAACCUGGACAUUCCGGUGGUUGGCCGUGCACUGCGCGGAGGCGGCGGGUUCUUCAUCCGCCGCACGUUCGCAGGCGACCAGCUGUACUCGGCGGUGAUCAAAGAGUACGUCGAGCAGGUACUCGGCGCGGGCAAGAACCUCGAGUGCUUCAUCGAGGGCACGCGUAGCAGGACCGGCAAGCGGCUGCCGCCAAAGCUGGGCAUCCUCAAGUACGUCGUCGAGGCGCUGCUGAACGAGCGGACAGAAGACGUCUACGUUGCACCAGUCUCGGUACAGUACGACAGUGUGAUUGAGAGCUCGACAUACGCCGACGAGCUGCUUGGCAAGCCAAAGGAGGCCGAGUCGCUCUUUGGCCUGCUCGGCUCCUCCUCAUCACUGCUCCAGCUGAAGCUCGGGCGCAUCGACAUUCGCUUCCAGAAGCCGUGGUCGCUGCGCGAGUUCAUCGACGAGCAGAUUGCGCGACGCGAGGCGCCGGCACCCGGCGGCGAGAAGGUGGCGCUGGAGCCGCGCGGCAACGCCGAGCACAAGGUGCUGCUGCUCAAGGCGCUCGGCUACAAGAUCCUUGCCGACAUUAAUCAGGCAGGCGUUGUCAUGCCGGCGGCGCUCUGCGGCACUGUGCUGCUCACACUGCGCGGCAGAGGCAUUGGCCGGACUGACUUUGUCAAGCGCGUCGACUGGCUGGCCGAGAUCAUCCGGACGAAGGGUUACCAGGUCGCAGACUUCGCGCAGCUCUCGACUGGCGAGGUGAUCGACCGCGCCAUCGGCGGUGUCAUGAAGGGCCUCGUGGAUGUCGAGACGGACGUCAUGGAGCCGACGUACGUGCCUGUCAAGCGCUUCGAGCUGUCCUUCUUCCGCAACCAGGUCAUCCACGUCUUCGUCUCCGAGGCGCUGCUGUGUCUUGCGCUCUACACGCGUAUCAAGCAGGGCGGUCCGACACCUAGUCAGGCCAUGCCGCUCGAGUCGCUCGUGCACGAGGCGGGCUUCGUCUCGCACAUCAUGCGCGGCGAGUUUGUCUUCAACAGCGCCGACAAGCUGGAGAACAACGUGCACGCCACUGUGAAGCAGCUGGUGUCCGGCGACGUGCUGAGCCAGGACGGCGAGGGUCGCAUCGGCCUCAGCGACGCCGAGCGCAAGGCGGGACGCUUCAAUUUCGACAGCUAUCUCUUCCUCGUGUUCCCGCUGCUGGAGGCCUACUGGCUUGCCGCCUGCUCGCUCCUGCUGCUUGCCCCGCCGCCACCGCCGGGGCAGAAGGUCGGCGACAGCACGGCGUGGUUCGCCGCCAAGGACUUUGAGAAGCGCGCUCAGCUAUUUGGCAAGACGCUCUACGCCAGCGGCGAGCUCUCCUACCUCGAGGCCAUCAACGCUGCAACGCUCAGUGCCGCCUUCCAGCGCUACGACGAGCUCGGCUUCGUGCAGCGGCGCAAGUCGGAGGGCGUCAAGCCGCAGCCUCUGAUCGCGCUGUGCCCCGGCGUCGCUCCGACGCUGCUGCGCGACGGCGCACUGGACCCAAGUGGCUCCCUGGCAGCGCUCAUUGAGCAUCUCUCGGCCUUCCGGCGCGAGGGCAAAGACCGCAGAGACGAGGGCGGUGUGGUGCCGCCACGUCUCCUCAACGUCAUCGAGAAGAACCUCGGCGCAGUCGUCGAGUGGACUCGCAACGCCGACGCUCGCAUGUAGCGCGUUACAGCAGGAGGAAUGCAGCAUCUAUGCAACGA